GCCGAUCAUUGCUGAAUCAAUAUAUUAAUCGUUAGCUUACAGGAAAUAAAGUACACUAUAUACAAGCCACCAACACGCACAGACUAUCAAGACACACGAUGCAUCACAGAACCUUGAUCUAGUCCAAACCAGAAAUGAACCCGUAUCUACCACCUUUUCUUACCCAACUGCUUUUGAACACAGGCUUGGAAUACCUUAAACUCCUUCUCGCACGCGUUGUGACUGAUGGUAGCGUAGGUGUUGAGGAUACAUUGACCGUAGGCCUAAUAACAGCAGUUUUGGAAGACAUCUAUGAUAUGGGGAGGUACCGAGCAGGUAUUCACAAGGCGACGAACAUGUCUCUAAAGUAACGCGAAAUCUCUUUCUAGUGUAGGUGAUUACACUACCUUGCUUGCAUGCAGGUCCGCCCCCCGUGGUUAUCUG